AUGACUGUUGGUGAUAUUACGUCACGUGCUCUCAGUGACAGCCGAGUCUCACAUGAAGAGUUUGAACAGGUUCUAUAUCAAUUUCGGCGUUUUAACGAGCGUAAACGCACUAUCCAAGAUGAAUUCGACGCUCCGAUGCGUAAGAAACAGGCUGCCGAUGUGGCUUUUCUACUUAAAGAGAUGGAAAAGACAAAUAAGAACUUGGAGCGUGAAAAAGAAGAAGCUGUUGCCGCCGCUGCUGAAAGCGCACGCCGUGAAGGUGAAGCUCAAGCUUUAAAAAAAUCGCGGGUAUAUAAACGUUGCAUCAAACUAAUGGCAACUGUAGUAAUCGGUGGAACUGAUGAUGGUUAUGGAUCUGGAAAAUUAGGACCGCCAGGGCCUAGAGGCCCAAGAGGAGCUAAGGGAGAUAAAGGUGAUACAGGAGCUGCGGGGGCUCAAGGAGAUACGGGUCCUAGAGGAGCAAAAGGAGAAAAAGGAGUGAAAGGUGAUGAGGGUUUUAUAGGAGCUAAGGGAGAUAAAGGUGACCCUGGGGACAGAGGGCCCAAAAGAGAGACAGGACCUCGAGGGCUUAAAGGGGAUGACGGAACUGAUGAGACUAAUGGAAGCGAUGGUGCGUCCGGGGCCACAGGAACUCAAGGGCCUAAAGGAGAUAUUGGAGCCACAGGGCCUCACGUUUCCUACUGGGAAAACACUCGAAAAUAA